AUGGAACAAGAGAUUGAAAAUAUGAUACUCAGCAUGGGUUCACUUGGAACCAACUUCUCCCAAAAGAGCAGGAAAGGAUUAUCAAGGCAUUACUCAGGAAAGGCAAGAUCAUUUGCUUGUUUGGAAGAUGUUCAUUUCGUGGAAGAUUUGAAGAAACCAAAACAUCCUGAUGCAAAGAAAAGGAAGAAACAUUCUUAUCAGAAGGAAUUCAUCAACGUUAAUCCUCAUCCUUGUCGAAGAGCACCUAGUUGCACUCAAUUAACUACCCCUUAUGUUAAUGCUUAG